AUGGCUACCACAGACUCAAUACUCCAGGGUGUCAAUAUCCUCGGCACGAUCAAUGACUCUCAUAAAAAGAUCCUCAGUAAAGACGCUGUUGCUUUCCUUGCGCUCCUCCACCGAUCGUUCAAUGGCACAAGAAAAGAGCUCCUCCAGCGCCGAGUUAUUAGACAAGCGGAACUAGACAAGGGAUCUCUGCCAGACUUCCUACCAGAGACCAAACACAUUAGAGAAAACGAUGCGUGGAAAGGAGCAAAGCCUGCCCCAGGCUUGAUCGAUCGAAGAGUGGAGAUUACAGGACCAACCGAUCGCAAGAUGGUUGUGAACGCGCUGAACUCGAAUGUGUGGACAUAUAUGGCGGAUUUGGAGGACUCCAGUGCCCCAACCUGGGAUAACAUGAUCAACGGACAAGUUAAUCUUUAUGAUGCGAUUCGAAAACAGGUAGAUUUCAAGCAAGGGGAGAAGGAGUACAAGUUACGAACCGAUCGAACAUUACCCACACUCAUUGUUCGACCUCGAGGAUGGCAUUUGGAGGAGAAGCAUUUCACAGUCGAUGGAGAGCCAAUUUCUGGCAGUCUCUUUGAUUUCGGUCUCUACUUCUUCCACAACGCAAAGGAACUUAUUGCGAGAGGAACUGGCCCAUACUUUUACCUACCCAAGAUGGAAUCACAUCUCGAAGCACGCCUCUGGAAUGAUGUAUUCAACCUAGGACAAGAUUAUAUUGCCAUCCCAAGAGGCACGAUUCGAGGAACGGUGUUGAUUGAAACUAUUCUUGCAGCUUUCGAGAUGGACGAGAUCAUUUACGAACUCCGGGAUCACAGCGCGGGAUUGAAUUGUGGACGAUGGGAUUACAUUUUCAGUGUCAUCAAGAAGUUCCGUCAAAACUCCAACUUCAUCUUACCGGAUCGGUCAGCAGUCACCAUGACUGUUCCCUUUAUGGACGCCUAUGUCAAGCUUCUGAUCCAAACUUGUCACAAACGUCAAGUCCACGCAAUGGGUGGAAUGGCUGCUCAAAUUCCAAUUAAGGAUGACAAGGCGGCAAACGACAAAGCAAUGGAAGGCGUCUAUGCCGACAAACUCCGUGAAGCCAAGGCAGGUCACGAUGGAACAUGGGUAGCUCACCCAGCAUUAGCAGCCAUCGCCUCCGAAGUCUUCAACAAACACAUGCCAACACCGAAUCAAAUGUUUGUUCGUCGCGAAGACGUCAAGAUCGGCCAGAACGAUCUCCUAAACAUGAACGUACCAGGAAAGAUCACCGAAGAAGGUAUCCGCAAGAACCUGAACAUCGGACUCGGAUACAUGGAAGGUUGGCUCCGCGGCGUCGGAUGCGUACCUAUCAACUACCUUAUGGAAGACGCUGCGACCGCCGAAGUGAGUCGAAGUCAGCUGUGGCAGUGGGUGAAGCACGGUGUGCCCACCGCUGAAGGCAAGAAAGUCGACAAGGCGUAUGCGCUCAAGUUGCUCAAGGAGCAGGCUGAUGAGCUUGCUUCCAAGGGCGCAAAGGGGAAUAAAUAUCAUCUCGCUGCGCAGUACUUUUCUGGACAGGUUACCGGAGAGGAUUAUGCUGAUUUCUUGACUUCCCUUUUGUAUAAUGAGAUUACGAGUGUUGGUAGUUCUUCGCCUGCGUCGAAGUUGUGA